CAUCCACUGAACGCCCGAUGUACUCACGACCAACAAUGUCUCCACUAAUCCCCUUUCAAUUGACGAAGAUCGACAAGGCUGCCUUGAGACAUGAACCCGAUUUAUGGUUAAAGGCGCUAGAAAACCUUCCUGUCGAUGAUAGAAAAGAAUUCGAUGUUUGUGGCGUAGGUCGAUUGCAAAUAUUAGAAGAAACCCUCGGUUCUGUGAACGAACUGAAGCGGACAUCUGUCGAUAGGCGCUGGGGAAUAAGGUACCAUCAAAGAACUAUCGUCCUCAGCGAAGUUUUCGACAAGAUAGCAUUUUGGAUUAAGAAAUUCAAAGAGGUUGGGGAUGUUGCUACUCAAUUCGACCAAACCCAUGCGUCAUUGCCCUGGGCAGGAAUAAGAUUCAUCCUCCAGGUCGCAUUAAACAAUUAUGAGACGAUUGCCAGUAUGGCUGAGGGAGUAGAGUUGGUAGCUAACCUAAUUGUAAGGUAUUCAAUAUAUGAAGUUCUGUAUCUCAACAAGGACUCCACUAUCGGAAAAUCGUUAAAGGCCGCGAUCACCAAAGUAUAUGCCAACAUAUUGACCUAUCUUCUUAAAGCUAAAAGAUAUUACCGUCAAAGCGCUAUGAAACGUUUCACCCUCAGCGUCAUUGAGACCGGUGGAGAUACUAUUUUAGGUCUAAUAAAGAACAUAUUUGAUGCGGAUCAAUGUGUUAAGGACUUCAUAAAUGUCAUCCAAGUGGAAGGCACCGAGGAUCUCCGUCAAGCUGUCAACGAGGUCCAUUCUAGACUCGAUAUUGUUAGACAUGAUGUUCUCGAGCGAUUUGACUCUAUCUUCAGUGUUCCGAGAACGCCAAUUACAGAAUGCAGGCACUCUAUAUCAGACGUGGAACACAAAGUUAAAGAAGUUGGACUUGCUGAAGUAGCAAAAUGGCUCUCUGGAGUGCCAUAUAAAACGCAUCACCAAAUUGAAAACCGUCGCAGACUUGCUGGGACUUGCAGCUGGAUACAAUACAAUCGAAAUUUCAAGUCUUGGAUACAGUCAACCUCAUCAACUAUGCUGUGGCUCCAUGGAAUACUCUCAUAUUUAAUCACACUAACUCUCUACCAAUCGUUUGGGCUUGACUUCUCAGCUGGCUCUGGAAAAACCAUUGUUAUCUCGUCUGUGAUAGAUAGCUUGGAAACCGCAUACCCUGACUCAAAUUCAUCAGCUCCUGUCUGCUAUUUCUAUUGUCAGAAGAAUAAUGCCGAGAAGGAAAGGUCACACCCUGAGGAGAUUUUACGAAGCAUUGCAUCGCAGUUGAUCAUCUCGGAAGACAAUAUGAGAGUGCGGAACACAGCUCAGGGGCCUAUUCUAAGUCGAAUUACCGCCAUCGGAAAAGAUGAAGUGCAAGCAUUCCCUAUAGAUGAGACAACAAAACUCAUAUUGGAGGUCAUUGAACGAAAAAACACUGUAUUUAUCAUCGUGGACGCCAUCGACGAGGUCGAUCCACUCCGGCGACACGAGCUUCUUCUCGCUUUAGAGCUAAUCGUUCGACAAUCAUCAAGACCAGUUAGAGUGCUUGUAUCGAGUCGAAACGAUGGAGAUAUUACUUCUCAUCUGGAAAAUACACCAAAUGUUUACAUCAGUGAGGUCGACAACCAAGACGAUAUUCGGAAUUUCGUUUGCCAUAGCGUCGAUAAGAUCAUUGAAGAGAAGAGACUAAUUAGAGGGAGAGUCUCAAACGAGCUGAAAAAUCGUAUUAUGGAUAAGUUAAUCGAAAAGGGCAAAGGAAUGUUUCGAUGGGUUAGCCUCCAAUUGGAGAGUAUGUGCGAUUGCCGCAGAGUCAAAGUCGAGGAAGACAUCGAAUAUCAACUACACAGUCUUCCAAUGACGCUUAAAGAUUCGUAUGAUAUCAUCUAUCAAAACAUAGCCAUGAUGCAAUUUAGAAGUCGGGUUAUUGCAGAACGUACAUUGAAAUGGUUGUUUUGCUGUCAACGUACGCUCAUCUCGCAAGAGCUGAUUUCUCUUGUGACAUUCGACUUUCCUAGACAACCGGUAGUGGACGAGAUUCUAGACGUGUGUUGCAACCUAGUUGUUCUUGACCAACAAUUAGACAUUUUCAGAUUUGCACACCUGUCAGUACGAGAGUAUCUCGAGAGCCGACCAGAAUAUAGUCCAACCAGCGUCCACUCACUAGCAUUAGAGACAUGCCUCAAGUAUCUUGUGAGGACGAUGGACCGUGGUCGCUGUCAGUACUGUGAUAGAGACACCACAGUCUGGCCUUAUGUUUCCAUCUACUGGCCAAUCCAUGCCGAGCUCACCGAGAACCAUCGACCGCCGGAUCUUCAAGACUGUCUGCUACACUUUAUCUUAGAUGAAUCGGAGGAGUCGGCUUUUUGCUUAUGGCUCUCAGAGUGCGACCAGAUUAGUUUCACAGCGCCAUUUGACGUAAAUAAAAGACUGCGUACAGUUUUCAACUUCGAGAACUCCCCUGUUCAUGUCUCAUGUACUUAUGGGUUAACAACUGUUGCAGAAUCUCUCCUAAUGUGCGGGAAAUUUCACUGGGAUCAAAAGAAUUAUCGUGGUGACACGCCUUUGGCUCUCUUGCUAAUGAAUAAUCAUUCGGAAACAGCCAUCAAGAUCUUAAGUAAAGCUUCAAUUACUAAAGUAACAGAAAAUGACCUUGUUACGGCAGCUCGAUUCGAAGGUUCCGACACAAAGAUAAUGGAUUUAUUGCUAGAUCAAGCUAGCUUAACAGAUAUUACAGAGAGGGUAGCAUUAGCCGCGGUCCAAAACAGAAAGAAUGGACGAGAAAUCAUCGGCAGCCUUUUUGACCGAAGGAAAGAUUUGGUUAUCAGCAAGGGAUUCUUCAAGGAGGCUGCCGGAAAUGCAGAGGGAAACGCGAUAAUCAAGUUUCUCCUCCAAACCCAACGAGGCUUGGUCGUCACUUCAGAUGUUUUGAAGGCCGCCAUUCAGAAUAAAGGUCAAACCUAUCAAGUCUUAAAAACACUUUUGGGGGUGAUAGAAGACGAGAAAACUACCAAAGAGCUCAUCAUUAUGGCAACAAAGCACGACUGUGGUGAUUGCAGUCUAAUACAAUUGUUCUGGGACCGAGGCUCAGAGGAUAUGAAUAUGCUCAAUGAAGAAACCCUAAAAGCAGCCAUGGAAAACACUUGCGGACCCAGGAAGGUCUUGGAAUGGCUCUGGCAAAAACGUGAAGAUUUUAGUAUCACUGAAGAGAUCAUCAUUGUUGCCGUGAGAAACUGGGAACAUGGACUGGAUUUGGUACAAUUCCUUUGGGAUAAAAUGGGUGGUUUUAGAGUCACACAACAGAUUCUUAAAACCGCUGCGUGGAAUUGGAAGAGUGGAGAGAAUAUAAUACGGUUUCUAUCAAUGGGACAGGAGCUACCAGUAUCCAAGGAUGUAGUACUUACUGCUGUCCGACAUGGUACGAAGGACAUCGUGGAUCUGUUACUUAAUCACUUGCAGUUUCAUUGUAUUGAUGAGGAUGUUAUCAGAGGCGCUGCGCAAAACGAAUUGAGUGGACCAGAGAUCAUUAAGCUUUUAUGGGAACGGCAAGAUACCUGUCCAGUCACCGAUUACGUGCUCAGAGGAGCAGUUGGGAAUUUUGGAAGGGGUAUGGAAAUUCUACAGCUCCUUCUGACAAAGGAAAGUGAUGUGGUAAUAACGGAACAGACUAUGAUUGAAGCCGCAUCGAAUGAGGAAUUCGGGCAUUCUAUGGUUGGUUUUAUUCUAAACAAGACAGACAAGAGCAUUGUCAGCAAGGCGAUCCUUGAGGCUGCAGCAACUGCAGGGCAAGAAAAGGUCCUUCAACUUCUUCGAAACAGAUGUGAAAAUUGUGAUAUGGAUUAUCUCAUGAGAAUCGCACGAUUUUUCAAUGCUGCCAAAACCGGGGAUCUUAUAGAGGUUCAAACACUGCUCUCAAAAGGAGUCCCUCCAGAUAUGAGAAACAUUAGGGGAGUAACACCGUUAUGGCGAGCGGCGUCCUUGGGAAAUCAUGCCGUUGUGAAGCUUCUACUUGAUAAUACGAAUGUUGAUCCAAAUGCCAGGUCAAUUGGCAAUCGCGGACCGAUAUUUUGGGCAUCCGAAAACGGUUUCUCAGAUAUUGUUAAGAUGCUCUUGGAGCACGGGGCAGAUCCUAAUGUAAUAGAUAAUCACGGACGAACGGCAUAUUCAGUAGCCAAAGAAGGUAAUCAUAGUGGGGUUCAAAAGGUGCUCGAAGAAUUUGAGAGUCUGCUAAGAUAA